AUGAAGACCAACCCUGCCAGCUCCUCACUAGAAACCUGUCGAGUUGCGGGACAGGGAGAGAAGGCGCUGCAGCAGAAGACUGGAACCAAACCCACACAAGCCCCCAGACAGAAGGUUCUGGUGACCGGAGGAGGAGGCUACUUGGGGUUCAGCCUGGGCUCCAGCCUGGCCAAGAGAGGCACUUCUGUCGUCUUGCUUGAUCUUCGCAGACCCCAUUGGCCGCUACCCCCAGGAACCGAGUUUGUCCAGGCCGAUGUCCGAGAUGAAGAAGCCCUGUACCAAGCCUUCCAGGGGGUGGACUGUGUUUUUCAUGUGGCCUCCUAUGGCAUGUCUGGAGCUGAGAAGCUACAGAAACAGCAGAUUGAGUCUAUAAAUGUCGGAGGCACCAGACUAGUGAUUAAUGUCUGUGUCCGUCGGCGGGUUCCAAGGCUCGUGUACACCAGCACAGUCAACGUGACAUUUGGUGGGAAGCCCAUAGAGCAGGGCAAUGAGGACUCUGUCCCAUACUUCCCCCUGGACAAGCACAUGGACCACUACUCUCGAACCAAAGCCAUUGCUGACCAGCUGACUCUCAUGGCCAAUGGGACACCUCUCCUAGGAGGAGGCACCCUGCGCACCUGUGUGCUCCGCCCCCCAGGGAUCUAUGGCCCUGAAGAACAGAGACACCUACCCCGGGUGGCGAGCCACAUCAAGAAGAGACUUUUUAUGUUCCGAUUUGGGGACCGCAGGACACGCAUGAACUGGGUCCACGUGCAGAAUCUGGUGCAGGCGCACAUGCUGGCCGCUGAGGCCCUCACCAUGGCUAAGGGCUAUGUGGCUAGCGGGCAGGCAUACUACGUCAACGACGGGGAGAGCGUCAACCUCUUUGAGUGGAUGGCCCCACUGUUUGAGAAGCUGGGGUACAGUCAGCCCUGGAUCCAGGUACCAACUUCCUGCGUUUAUCUGACAGCUGCAGUGAUGGAGUACCUGCACCUGGCCCUGAGGCCCAUCUGCACCAUCCCCCCACUGCUUACCCGCAGUGAGGUGCUCAGUGUGGCCGUGACGCACACCUUCCAGAUUGCCAAGGCCCGCGCUCAGCUUGGCUACGCGCCGGACAAGUUCAGCUUCGCCGACGCAGUGGAGCGAUAUGUGCAGGCCACUACCCCGCAGCGCCGUGGCUUCACCAUGCUGACGCUCCUGCGGCUGCUGCUCCUGCUGCUGCUGCUGCUCAGCCUGCUGGGCCUUGCCCUGUACUUCCUAGGGCUGCAGCCUUUGCAAGGUGCAGUGCAGCUCCUCUGA